GUCAAAGACAUAUGACUUCCAACACUGAUCCGCGAGCACUCUAGCCUUUAGACUCUGAACCCUGCUAUCAUGCUAACACUGCAUCAGUAUUAACUUUAUAAAUAUAUUUGUGAGCUAACCAACAUUCGAUGGCUGGGCAAUAAUGAACGAUUUGGACGCCCGCGCUUUCGUUGCGCUCGAUGGUACCGCCAGUUCCCUGCUGCGGCCUCAGCCUGAGGCAUUGUGCUUGGAAGCAUGCAAUGGUGGUCUGGCGGGCGCGCUGGCUCGUCGGCAGCGCUCGGCGCUGGUGGCUCUGGCCUGCCCCGACCUGCCGCCGUCGGCCCUGUCCGACAGCGGCCUGCACCUGCAGGCCCAACAGCGCGCCCGCUGCGCCCUGGGCCGCCACGAGCGCGCGUGCGUGUCGGGCUACCGCCCGCACCUGCGUGCCGCCGCCACCGCGCGCGCCGUGAUGGCCGUGGACGCGGGCCUGGCGCCGGAUGAGGCCGCGGAGGCGCGGGAGCGGCAGGAGUUGAGCAUUCACAACGUAGCUGAGGACGUGUGGCGGUCUGUUUACCAGGCAGCCAGAAGCUACGAGGGCCACCACAGAGCCUUCAAGGAAGCGGAUGAUUACUCGAUGGAAGAGUCUGCUGCGCUGAUGGGCAUGCGAGACGCCACACUGGGGCUACGGGAGGCAGUACGGCAGGUGGACGAGCGGGACGUCGCGGCGCAGCUGGCGGCCUUGCAGCCGACAUCAGCGGCCGAGGCGGAGGAGCGCCAGCGGACGACGGCGCUUGGGCCGGUCUUGAGCCAGCCCCUGGAGGGUGUCUCCACGCCAGCCUGGCUGUUGCGAGCGGAGGCGGCCCGCAUGCUGCCGGCCCGCGCCGCGCUGCUGCUGCACUGCCAUGCGGUACUGGGAUGCCCACCAGUCGACAUGGAGGAGGCUUGCAAGAAGUGCAACGUCAGUAUUAGCGGAGACCCUUCCACGCCUGCGUGCGGCCGGAGUGCGGCCUCAGCGGCGUUGCUGGCGGCAGCUCUGUUGCGGUACUGGCAGCUGCAGACCUGUGGCGCUGGGCACGGUAGCGGGGGUGGCAGCGGCAGCAGAAGCGGCAGCAGUGGCGUUGAGGCGCGGGCAUGGCUGAGCUCAGACUUUACAGACUUCGCCAUCGUGAUGUCUGCCCUCCAGGCCCUGGCCCUGUGGCUCGACCAUGGCCGCGGCGUGGGUGCGACGGGUGCGCUUGCGGCGCUGACGCGCCCGGCGGUGCUGCUGCGCGUGGCGGCCGUGCUGAGCCACGACGUCGUGGCUGGCACGCCGCCUGAGCACCUGGACACGGUUGUGCGCCAGUUCGUGAUGCAGGCACUGCAGAACCCCGUUAGGGAGGCUGUGUACACAGUGCUGGGCUUGGACGCCAAGGGCAAUGAGAGCGAGGACAGGAAGGCAGCAGCUGCUGUCGGCGGUGGCAGCGGCAAAGCGGCGGCCCGGGCGCCACCCGCACCGGGCACGGCUGCGAGCGGCGACGCGGGCUUGCCGGAUGAGGAGGCGCAGGGGCUGCUUCUGGAGCGGGUCCGCAGCAACUUCAUCACGUGCCAACAGAGGGCCCGGAAGAACGCCAAGGCACAAAUUGAGCAGUUGGCGGCAGCUGGGCGUAAGAAUAAGGCGAAGGCGGGCUGCAGCGAAGGGGCGGCGACGGUGGAUGCUCUUGGGGAGGAGCUCGCCAACCAGCGGGUGCUUGAAAUGCGUGUCGCUGCGGGCGAGCGGCUUGUGGCGGCCCUCUUCGACCCGCUGCCGCCGCUUCUGGCGUCCACACCGCCGGGCGUCAGCGGCGCCGCGCCACGAGGCGGCCAGGACGUGGCGGCGCUCGCGAAAUCGCCGCCGCCGCCGCCGCCGCAGCCUGCUCAGGUGGUGCGGAUGCUGUGGCGGCAGGGCUCUGCGCUGCUGCCCUCUCGCACCCAAGGGAAGGCUCCGCCAGAUAUCGUAAAAAUUCAAUGGGACACCGAGGUUGCGGAAGUCGCAGGCCAGGCGGCCCUGGCGCGGGCCAUGGUGGGCGCGCUGGCGCCGUGCUGGGAGGCGAACAUGGGCUGCACGUUGUUUGGCGCCGCCGCACCGUGCGCCAACAGCUUGACGGCGUGCAACCCCACUUACAGCCCCGGGCCCCACAGCUCGCUGGUGCUGCAGGGCUCGCCCGCCAUCUGCUACAGCCUCGCCCGCACCGCCGCAGUCAACUAUGUACUGGACAGGGUGGCGCGGGGGAUGGCGGCGGCGGCGGCAAUCGAGGCCGCGGCCAUGGCCAUGGCUCGCGAGGGGCUCGCCAGCGAGUGCGUUGGCCAGGCCAGUCAGCCUCUUCCAACAGCUGCUGCCUGGUGCAAGCAGGCGGACCGCCCUGCAGUGACCGCAGCGCCGCUCCCGACCGUGGCUGCUGCUGCUACAGCCGCCAGGGUCGCGUCCCAGCUGCCUCGGCUUCCCUACAAGGAGCACAGCGAGGCGGUGGGCUUGCUGGUGGCGGCAAUCGCUCUGCCAGACACCCUUGGGUUCUUCCACCGGGCGGUCGGCUGGCCGCUGGUGAUGACGCUGUCGGGCAGUGAGGAGGAGCGGGCGCAGCACGCGCGCCAGGUGCCGGCGGAGCUGCUUAAACCGCUCGAUCCGACCGGAGUGGAGACGCAAAAGUUGGGGCGGGUGUGCCUGACAGCAAAUUGGUUGGCCGGGCGGGAGCCUGGCCGGGGCCUUGUCGCCGCCGCCGAAGCCACGCCCGCCACCGAUGGCACAGCGGCAGGUGGAGGCCCGGCAGGUGGGGACACGACUCGCGGCAAUGCCCGUGACUGGACCGCCAGCACUGGUGGUGCAAGUUCGCUGCCGGAAGCGGUGACCAAGCGGGCCUGGCAGAGCAAGACGGUUUCCAUUUAUGGCGGCAGCCCUGGUGCCAUUACUCGGGCGGUUUGUGACGUUGACGUCGAGGUCUGCCACAGCGCGCUGCGUGCCUGCUGCCUGAAGCCUUCCAACGCUCACCAGACCGCGGAAGCAGCCGCCAAGCUAGCCGUGCUCUCGAGGGAACUGCGAUCGGACGCUGCGGCACCGCGUGAGCUGGUGGUGGUGCCGCUGCUGGAGCCAGGCGCCCUGGUUUGUGACACGGACGCGCUACGGCGGCUGCGCGGCAUCGUGUGCCUCGUGCUGCGAGACCUCACGCAGCCCGCGCCCGCAGCGGCGGGCGCAGCAGCACCGGGCAUAGGGGCGGGGGCGCGCGAGCAGCGGCCCCCGGCGCACUGCGAGGAUGAAGACGAGGCUACGGAGGCGGCGGCCGUGGCGGCGGCUGGCUUCAAGGCCCCGCGUGUGCUGCGGCCGGACUGGCGGGUGCGGAUGCCGUUGAUCCUGAACCGGGCGCUGUGCCGUGUGCUGGGCGUGCCGCUUGGCGCGAUCCGCUGGCAGCUGUCCGAGCUGAGCCCGCCGCCGCCGGACGGGGGGGCCGGCGUGCAACAAGGCGUAAAGCAGCGGCCCCUGUUUGACAACUCCGUUGGCGGUGGCGACGGUGGCGGCGGCGCAGGCAGCAGCAAUGGCGCCGGCGCGGGCGCCGCCGCCGCUGACCUCGCUGCUCGCCUCCAGCGCGCGGCGCAGUACCUGCAGAGCCGGGCGGGCCGCGGUGUGCUAUUUCAGCCCAAGAUUGACAGCGCGGGCGAGGGUCUCGGAGCGGCGGCAAGCGGUGUGCACGUGGGCUCCAACGGCACAGCGGCAGCUAAGGCGUUGCCCGCCGCUCAGGUGCAAGCAGGCCUGCUCGCGCUACAGGAAGCGUUGGCCGACUGGAAGGGGCUGGACGAAGAACGCAUCGCAGGGGAUGGCGAUGGCGGCCUGCCCUUCAUGUUGGCAUCCGUGAGCCGCUCGGAUGCGCGCAGGCUGCUUCACAGCAAAGCCUACAGGGACCUGCUUGGGAACAAGCUCGACAACCUGGUGCCCUGUGAGGAGGGCGAUAGCGGCUACCAAGGCAUGUAUUAUGGGCGCCAGUGCGCACAGUCGCUGCAGCUCCUGAUUGUGGAGGGUUGCGUGGGCCGGCCGACUGAGCUGCUGGCGGAAAGGCCGGCUGGGGAGGUAGCGGCGGCGGCAGUGGGGUCUCGCUGGGACGAGCUGGAUUAAGGUCAACGUGUGAUGCGGGAGGACCUGGUGCGUGUGGUGUGUUGGGCCGAGCGUUGCCUUGCUUGAGUCACCGGGAUCGAUGGAUGGAUGGACUACGUAGAGUGUAGAGCGUGGCGCGUUGAUGGAUCGCGGGGGUAACUGAUGGGAUGGGCGUGAAAGGUAAGUCGGGCCCUGGGGCAUUGUUUACAUUGUGACAAUCCGAUGCAUCGAAUCUAUAUCACAACUCGCAAACAGCCGUUGCAGUGUUGACGUCCAUGCUCAAUAGCCAAACGUGUUCGGCUUGAGCCCACAAAGUGAAGUGGGGCUUUGCAACAAAAACACAUGAUGCCAAUGCAUAUGUAAAGAACGUGCUAG